AUGGUUUCUGUUGUCUUUCUUUUUUCAAAUGCGCAAGAAACUCGUCUUUCUUUCUCUCUCUCUCUCUCUGUCUCUCUCUCUCUCUGUCUCUCUCUCUCUUUCAUUCAUUCAUUUAUUCUUUCUUUCAUUCUUAUUCGCGCUGAAUUGUUAUUUCUUUCCUUCCCACAUGUCCUUCAAUCACCUGCUUCUUUCUUUCAUUUGUUCCUUCCUUCUUUCUUUCUUUCUUUCUUUCUUAUUCAGUGUAUCGUCGUUAACGUGAGCCAUUUUCUUGAUGGUUCUUUUAUUCAUUCUCUCAUUCGCGCACUAAUCCCGAUAAAUCGAUGCGUUCGUUUAUUUCUUUUCUCGGUGGUCUGUUCGAUGUUUCGUGUCGUCUAUUCAGUCAUCCGGACCGGUGAAGUUUCCGGGGUGGGCCGACAAUCUUCUUCUUCUUCUUUUUCUUCUUCUUCUUCUUCUUUGUAUUCUUCUUCUUUUUCUUCUUAUUCGUCUUCUUUUUCUUCUUCUUUUUCUUCUUCUUUUUCUUCUUCUUCUUUUUCUUUUUCUUUUUCUUCUGUUUCUUUUUCUUCUUCUUUUUCUUCUUCUUCUUUAUGUGCCCCACUCUUUUUUCCCUCAAUUCUUUAUUUCUUUUCUCCCUCUCCUCUUUUCAUCUUUCUUUCUUUCUUUCUUUCUUUCUUUCUUUCUUUCUUUCUUUCUUUCUGUUAUUUUCUUUCUUUCCUUCUUUCCUUCUUUCUUUCUUUCAUUUCUUUCAAUAUUUCUUUCGUUCUAUUUUCUUAA